AUGGGGCCUAAGAAAGGACAGGAAGCGCAUAAGGGCAAGCAACCUACUAGGCCUCAGAGGAAGAGGGUGCGUAUAGACAAGGACGUUCAUAGUGCGGAGGUCUCUGCUCGGAUGCAGCGUGCAAUUAUGGAUCAACUGGGGGCCUUGAAUGUGACAGUGGGGUCCAGGUGUUCCAGGGUCAUGGGGCGGUCAGGUAUGCUGUUCUUUGAGCAAGAGGUACUCGCACAACUUUCUGCAUUACAGAAAGGCAGCAGUGGCAUGGAGCAGCUGGCAGAACUAACGCGGGGAGUGGAGCCGGAUACGGAUGUGGAGUCUGAUGGAGGGGUGGCGGUCCCGGAGUUGAUUGGUGAGCUGGAGUGGCCUGCACAGUCAGCACCAGUGGCUGUGGUGGUUGCACCACCACCUGGUGGGGAUAAGUAUUUGCAGCCUCAACAACUCCAGGGGGAGGUGCUGAUUACUCUUUCUCAAGGGUGCAUCUUAUGGGGAAGCAGGGUGGUGGUCCCCCCCCCCCCCCCGCUGCAGAAGCGAGUUUUGGAGUCACUCCAUGAGACACACCCGGGCAUAGUCAGGAUGAAGGCCCUAGCCAGGAGCUACGUCUGGUGGCCGAGGAUGGACAAGGAGAUCGAGAAUGGGGUGCGGAGGUGCAGCGCAUGUCAGGAGUCACGCCCCGAGCCACCAAGCGCCCCGGUCACAUGUUGGGAAACCACUAGGAAACCCUGGUCCCGGCUCCACUUAGACUUUGCGGGGCCCUUCCAGGGACAGAUCUUUCUGAUCAUGGUGGACGCCUACACCAAAUGGCUAGAGGUCAUUCCAGUAGCGUCCACGUCAUCAGCAGCCGCCAUACGGGCACUGCACCGGGCCCUCAGCACCCAUGGUAUUCCGGACACUAUAGUCACAGACAACGGGGCGGCUUUCACCUCUGGGGACUUUCAGGCAUUCCUGCAGAGGUACCUGAUUAGACACAUAAGAUCUGCCCCGUUCCACCCGGCCACCAACGGACAGGCGGAGCGAAUGGUCCAAACGACCAAGGAAGCCCUGGGCCGG